AGAAAGAGUCUUAUUUUGCCUGUAUUUUCUUCACUGCCAGGCAGGUGCUAAGGACUUGAUUCCCAAAUCCUAUGAACACUGCACCUUUCUUUGGAAAGCUCACAUCGCUUACUGUCUUCUCUUCUCACACUAAAGGCUCCCUGGGUCGUGCCAAGUCAUUCGCGCUGCUGAUUUUCCAGCACAGCACAGCUGAGUUCUGCACGUCAGCUCUACUCAGAGGCUCCACAUGCUCACCCGAAUCCUGAGGCAAUCCGAGACCCAGAGGAGACAGCACAGAGGACAUGUCUACUGACGGGGGUUUCUGCCAGAAGCCCCAGAGACUGGAAGCAGAUGAGCAGUAUGGAUUGUGUGAGAGACUGGUGUCCUUUGAGGAUGUGACUGUGGACUUCAGCCGGGAGGAGUGGCAGCAUCUGGACUCCGCCCAGCGGUGCCUGUACCAGGACGUGAUGCUGGAGAUCUACAGCCACCUCUUGGCAGUGGUUAACCAGUACAGAGUCCAUUGCAUACCCUCUAAGACCUACGAAGAUGCAACAGAUCCAGUAGCCUUGCAACUCACAGGGUAUCCCAGGCCGGAGGCCAUCCUCAGGAUGAAGAACGCUGAUUUCCCACAUCAGAGGUGUCUGUGUCAAGGGGAAUCAGAGCAUGACUCAGCUCGUCAAAUUUGUGCGAAAGCUGCGUUUCCAAAUGAUUUCUCUGAAGAAAUCACUAAACGUGGUUCAUACUCCGUUAUAGAGGAGGUCUGGCAGGAUGGGGAUCCUACGAGGACGGAUCAGCCAAACCAGAGCCCACUCUUGAGUUCUGCUGCUUUCUUCACCCAGAGACCACUGAUGAGUGACGAGACUUACGCGUGUGAGGCGCCCAGGGGGUCCGUUCCUUUAGAUCUCCACCUCAUUUCCACACAGGAGAAGUUUCCAGAGUGUUGCUCAUUUGAGAAACCUUUGCAGCCUAACCCUAACCUUGAAGCACGUAGUGAACAUCAGAGCAGUGCCACCAGGCAGCCCGAUGGCACUGUCGAAUCCUGUCAGCUCUUCACGCGAAGCCCGCCUAAUGCUCUAUGUGCAGCUUCUGACAGAGAGGAGAAAGCAUGGGAAGGAAAGGUUCUCAGCCCAAAGCCACCACUCAGGAAGCAUGACGUUCUUUCUCAGGACGAGCCAGUUGAAUAUACUGGAUGUGGGAAGGGCUUCCCGGCCAGGCCAGCUUUGUGCCCGCAGCAAGUGGCUCUCACUAGAGGGACACCUUUUAUUUGUCACAGAUGUGGGAAAUCCUUCCUCCAAAACUCUGAGUUGAGCUCUUGCCCAGGAACGAACCGAGGAGAGACACCUUCUGAAUGUCCUGACUGUCUGAAACCACUCACAAGGACAUCCGACCUGCAGGUGCACAAGGAAGUCCACACAAAGAAGCCUUACAAAUGCCACUACUGUGGGAAGUCAUUCAGCUAUGCAUCCCACCUAAAGGUGCACCUUCGAACGCACACAGGUGAGAGACCGUAUGUGUGUUCUGACUGUGGGAAAGCCUUCAGCCAAAAGUCGGUCCUCACCACACACCAGAGAAUCCACACCGGGGAGAAGCCUUACACUUGCAGCCACUGCGGGAAAUUGUUUGUUUAUGCAUCAGAUCUGAAGAAGCAUAGCCGGUUUCACACCGGGGAGAAGCCUUACGAAUGCCCCGACUGUGGGAAGCUGUUCAGUAAUAAAUCCCACCUGCCCGUGCAUCAUCGAAUACACACCGGCGAGAAACCGUACAAAUGCUGUGACUGCGGGAAGUCCUUCAGGAAGAAAUCCCACCUUCAAGUACAUCACCGGACACACACUGGCGAGAAACCCUACAUAUGCUCCGACUGUGGGAAAGCCUUCAGCCACAGCUCAGUUCUCAGCACACAUCAGAGAAUUCACACUGGGGAGAGGCCUUACGCGUGCAGCGACUGUGGGAAAGCCAUGUCAUCUAAAGCCCAACUGAACGAGCAUCAGAGAAUCCACACGGGUGAGAAGCCAUACGUGUGCACUGAGUGUGGGAAAGCCUUCAGUGGCAGGUCUUCCUUACAGGCACAUCAGAGAACUCACAGGAGUGAAAAACCCUUUCUCUGUCACCAGUGUGGGAAAGGCUUCCUGCGCAGGUCACAGUUGUCAUCUCACCAACAAACACACUGCUGAGAACCCUUAGUGCUGUGUGUGUGUGUGUGUGUGCGCGCGCGCGCGUGCGUGUGCAGUUGUUCUGUCUCCACGCCAGCCAAAGGCCAUCACCACAUGGAAAUAGAAGAAAACAUUGCCAGUGAUGGACUAGGAAAGUUCUCAACAGCUGAAGGUCCGUCUAUUUCAUUCUGUGCAGAGACCUGAAAUGGGUUCCAAUGCACAAAGUCCUUCAAACGCAAGUCAGAUUUCAGUAGACCCAGGGACUCCUACCUCACCCUGUUCUUACAGAUAAUGUGAUCUUGUGGAAGACUUUCCCACAAAGUCAAAUCCUUUUCCAUGGUUGGUUUUGUUUUAAUUUUUUAAAAAAACUUUAAAAGACUUCUUAUUAUGAAAGCUUGGCCGAUAGCUUGGAUUUGUUCCUAAUUAGCUCUUGUAAUUUAGAUUAACCCAUUGGCAUUAGUUUACUUUCUGCCUCAUGGCUUUAUUACCUCAUCUCCAUAAUGCCCAUCUUGCCGGCUCUGUGUCUGGCUGGCGAUGUCACCAUCUUCCCAGCAUCCACUGUUCCCUGAAACCCUGUCUAGCUAUUGGCCUGCUGUGGGACAAUGGUUUGUACCCUGUCAAUUGUAUUUUAAUAAAAAGCUGAUUGGCCAGUAGCCAGGCAGGAAGUAUAGGUGGGGACAACCAGACAGGAAGUAGAGGCGGGUCAAUGAGAACAGGAGAAUUCUGGGAAAUAGGAAGUCCUAGUCUGCAGUCGCAACCCAGCCUCAAGGAAACGAGAUGUGACUGCCUCGCCAAAAAAAGUACCAAGCCAUGUGGCUAACAUAAACAAGAAUAAUGGGCUAAUAUAAGUUAUAAGAGUUAAUAAGAAAUCUGAGCUACUAGGCCCAAUCAGUUUAUAACUAAUGGAUACCUCUGUGUGAUUUCUUUGGGACUGAAUGACUCAGAACCAGGCAGGACAGAAAACCUCAGCCAACAUUGGCUAUUCAGCUUUUUAUUAAACCAGUCACAGUGUAAAGGAAUAUUCCACAAAAGUUCUUUGUGUCUUUCGCAUCAUGCACCUCAAUCCUGUUCUUUUUCUCAUGCCUUUAUAUCUACCCUCUGCUCUUGCAAACCGCCCUGAAGAAAAAAAGAAAAACCAGUCUUGUCAUCGAAGGUGUAGUGUGACUCAGUGAAUCAUGCAAUAAACCUUUUUGUCCAUAUAUCUUUACUUGCAAGGGUUCAAAGCCUUUGGUUUCUGCUAAACUAUAGAUGGUUGGCACUCUUCUCGGAUAUCCUGUUGCCCUGUGUCAUGGAGACCCUUCAGCUUUGGGUUUUAUCCAUGUUUUUUAAUUUAAAUAAAGACACCUAAUUAUAGCUUGCAUUGCUUAUUUUAAAUAUGCAAAUUAUACCUGAGGAAAAAAGAAUGAAGGGUUGUAAGGAAAAGUACAAAUAUCAAUGUGCAUGCAUUGCUGUGUGUAUGCAUGCCUUUGGGUACACUUGUCUGUGGGUGUCUUCUUGUGUACUAUGAGAAAUCUUACCUUGAGAAGACAAGUAUCUACCUCCUCCCAAGUCCUCCCCCUGAAGCCCAACUUAGGGAAUUGGUGAGUUUAUUAGACAUACUUAACAGAGCAUGAGGGAUAC